AAUCGUUGGAUGAAUGAAUAGCGGAAGUGUGGAAGCUGAUGUGACAGUUUAGGGUAUCAACAGCGGAGCUGCACAGAAACAAUGUUGCAGUUACAUUUCACGAAUGAUACAUUACCCGACAGUGUCAGCACUGACUUUCAGAAUCUGAAUAAGUUCAGUGAACAGCAGUUUGUGAGUCUAACAGAAAUCUUAUACCAGUUCCUUCUAGAACCCAAAGAGUCAGAGCGGUUCUUGCGUCAGCUGACGGAGUUUGCUGGAGAGAAUGGGAUGAGUGCGGGACCACUGAGGGCUCUGAUGAAGAGUGUCCUUCUUCUACCUCACGGUGCUUUAAAAAGAAACCUAACAGCUGAACAGGUGAAGGCAGACUUGCUCUCAUUAGGAUUAAAUGAGGACAAGGCCAGUCAUUUCUCUGACCAGUGGAAAAUCCACUACCCUGUUUUGUCCAGACUGGCAGUGGGACAGACACUAAUGGUCAAUCAGCUUGUUGACAUGGAGUGGAAAUUUGGUGUUACUGUUGGUACAAGUGAGCUGCAAAAAACUGGAAACAUUUUUCUACAGCUAAAACUGGUGAUCAGAAAAGGAAACAAGACAGAAAAUGUGUACAUGGAGCUGACUUUACCACAGUUCUAUAACUUUCUUCAUGAGAUGGAGCGCGCCAAAGCCAGUAUGGAUUGUUUCAGUUAACUGAGAUCCUUGUAAUCGAAGUUUGCCUUAUUGCCUAUUGAUCAGUAAACAGUUAUAAUGAAGUUUCCACACUCACAAAAAGUUUCAAGAAGAAAUGUAAUAAUUAUAAUUCACUAAUUUUAUUCAGUUAUGUGAUUGUUUGUGUUCUUGUACAUGUGUGUGUGGUUUUUUUGGGGUUUUUUUUUUGGGACAAAGAUUACAUUCCACUUUGACACUCUUUAUUGAUGAUCUGUUUAUUAAACCUUUAAAGGAGAAGUUUACUUCCAGAACAAAGAUUUACAGAUAAUGUACUCACCCUGUUGUCAUCCAAGAUGUUAAUGUCUUUCUUUCUUCAGUCGUAAAGAAAUAUUUUUUUGAGAAAAACAUUUUAGCAUUUUGCUCCAUAUAGUGGACUUCUAUGGUGGAACUUCCAAAAUACAGUUUAAAUGCGGCUUCAAACGCUCCCAAAUGCGGUUGUAAACGAUCCCAGCCGAGGAAGAAGGGUCUUACCUAGCGAAACUAUUGGUUAUUUUCAUAAAAAUAAUACAAUUUCUGUACUUUUUAAUGUCAAACGCUCAUCUUGUCUUACUCUGCCUGAACUCUGUUUUUUUCCGGUUCAUGACAGGUUAGUGUAUGUCGAAAAACUCCCAUCUCAUGUUCUCCCUCAACUUCAAAAUUGUCCUAUAUUGUUGUUUUACCUUUUUUGUUAAGGGUGUUUGAUCUUCUUUGCAUGUUCACUUUGCAAAGACUGGGUCGGUACUUCUGCAGCGAUGUAGGAUGAUUUUGAAAUUAUUUUUGAAGUUGAGGGAGAAAAUACGAUUGGAGUUUUUCGACAAACCCUGUCUUGAGCCAGAAUACACAGAGUUCAGGGAGAGAAAGGCAAAACGAGCAAUUGAGAAUAAGAAGUAUUUGAAUUGUAGUUUUUAAAUGAAAAUAACCGAUCACUAGAUAAAACCCUUCUUCCUCGGCUGGGAUUGUUUACAACUGCAUUUGUAAUUGUUUGAAGCCGCAUUUAAACUGCAUUUUUGAAGUUCAUUUUGGGGCACCAUAGAAGUCCAUUAUAUGGAGAAAAAUGCUGAAAUGUUUUCCUUAAAAAAAACAUAAUUUCAUUACAACUGAAGAAAGAAAGACAUGAACAUCUUGGAUGACAAGGGGGUGAGUACAUUAUCUGUAAAUUUCUGAAAGUGGACUCCUUUAAUGCAUUUCCUCUUCUUUGUUCACUAAUAAAUGUAAUAUAUUUAAAAUAAUAAGCCACCACUUAAGACAUUUUUGAAUGUAAUUAUCAACCAGGUUUUUUUCCUAAAUUUGUAAUAACUUUUUAAUUAAUAGUAAUAAAAUUAGGAAAUUUUGACUACUGCUGCUAGUAGGUCUACAGAAACAUAUUCGUUUUUCUGUCAGUAAAUAUUUGAAAAGUGUUCACCUUCAUCAAAGGCUGUCAUGCUUUACACAGACUGAUGUAAUAAAUGAACUCUGUGUUGAA